AGUGUGACAGUCACUCUUCUCCCCCAAAAAACCCAAAAUGCGGCGCGCCAUAGACGCUCACCUCAAGACCAUGCGUCUCUUUCCUCCCCUCUCUUCCUUCUCCUCCUCUUCUCCUCCUUCUUCUUCUUCCACGCCUCUCUUCUCCGUCCGUACAUUUCUGACCCUAGCCCAGCCGCGCUCCGUUUCCAAUUCCGUCUCCAAAACCCUAAUUUUCCACUCAAUCGCCACUCCUUCCUACACUUCCUCUUCUUCCUCCUCAUCGAUUCCCAGCCUCAGAAGCCACAGACUUGGGCCGGCUAUUGGGCUCUUUGCCGUGCGGUGCGUUUCGACGGCCUCGCCGGAGAGCAGUUUGGACUGGAACGAGCCGGUGUCCUGCUCCGAGGUCGGCGACGGCAGCAAAGGAAGUGUUGAUAAGGAUGAUAAGCCCAAUAUUCCGGUCAGAGCUUACUUCUUUUCCACUAGUGUGGAUUUGAGAAGCUUGGUGGAGCAGAACAGGCUGAAUUUCAUCCCUCCUACGUCGCGAAUGACCAAUUAUGUUGUGUUUAAAUUCGGGGAGCUUACCAGGUCUGACAAUGCUUCGGGUCCUAGUUUAAGUGGGAGCGACUGUUGCUACAUGGUAGUUUUUCAAUAUGGGUCCAUUGUCUUGUUUAAUGUUGGUGAACAUGAGAUUGAUGGGUACUUGAAAAUUGUGGAAAAACAUACAUCUGGAUUGCUACCUGAAAUGAGAAAGGAUGAGUAUGAGGUGAGAGAGAAACCAGAUUUAGACACAUGGAUGGAAGGCGGAUUGGAUUACAUAAUGUUGCAGCACUUGAAUACUGAUGGUAUUCGUACCAUUGGUAGUGUUCUUGGUCAAAGUAUUGCUUUGGAUUACUACGUCCGCCAGGUUGAUGGAAUGGUUGCAGAGUUUACUGACAUUAAUCGUGAAAUGGAAACUACUGGAAAAUUUAAGAUGAAGAGGAAGAAACUAUUUCAACUGGUGGGGAAGGCAAAUUCUAAUCUUGCUGAUGUGAUUCUUAAGCUUGGACUUUUUGAGAGAUCAGACAUUGCCUGGAAGGAUGCCAAAUAUGCUCAGAUAUGGGAAUACCUCAGGGAUGAAUUUGAAUUAACUCAGAGAUUUGCUAGUCUUGACUUUAAGUUGAAGUUUGUGGAGCACAAUAUUCGCUUUCUUCAGGAAAUUCUUCAAAACCGGAAAUCAGAUUUUUUGGAGUGGCUCAUCAUUGCACUAAUAGGUGCUGAGAUUAUGCUCUCUCUUUAUGACAUUCUCCACAGAUCAGCACUCGCUUCACUUUAGCACUAACGUUGUGUGAGAUAUGCAUGAAGUCAAACAUGUCCUUGCUGAAUUGUCCUAGUCUCUGUAUAUCUUACUGUAUACCUCAAUUUUGUUUCGGUUUACACUUGAUUUUACCAGUUCAAUGUGUAAAUUUGAGUUGGUCUUAUGAUUAAGAUGAUCGCUGAUCUUAUAAUAACAUUAUACUCG